AUGGAGAGACCCGCAGGACCGUCUGCGCAGCCUCUGCAACAGCAGAUUGUGGGCCACGAUCUGCUGGUCGCCUCUCCGCUCGAUUCCAUCCCUUCCGCCAGCCAAGCGCUCGCGGCGCUCAACUCCACCAUCGAUAGGCCCAUCCUCUCCACCUCAUCCGUCACCAUUCGUGAUCUGACCAAAUCUCCUACGGCUAUAGCUGUCACCUCUGUAGCUGCCACGCUGGGAAGCACAACCCUGUACUGGCGGUACUUUAGACGGAUAAGGAAUGCCGAGCAUUUGACGCCUGCCACGCUAAAGUGGAGAAGGACGCUGGUGGGAAGGUGCACCAGCGUCGGAGACGCAGACGGUUUCAGGCUUUAUCACCAGCCUCCUUUUCCCUUUCGCUUGCUCGCACCAGCUCCACACUCACCGAAAUCGGAUCAGACGCUAAGCGUGAGGAUGGCAGGUGCGGAUGCUCCUGAAAGCGGUCAUUUUGGCAAAGAAGCUCAACCAUUUGCGAAAGAGGCCAAAGAAGAGUUGAAGAGGCUCGUCGAGGGCAAGACUGUAUGGUGCGAGGUUGCACACGUCGAUCAAUACAAGCGCUUGGUCGCAACGCCCUAUGUCUUGAGGUUUCCUUACAUCUUCGGACGGACGAAUGUGAGCUUGCGAAUGGUCAAGCUGGGUUUAGCCACGGUGUACACGCAGUCAGGAGCAGCCUACGCCAAUGCUCGAUGGUGGCAGAGACUGUUCCGCAGCGCUUCAAAAGAGAAGAAGGGCAAAAAGACUUCUUGGGGUCUUAGGCAGCUCGAAAAGGCCGAAAAGAAAGCAAAAUCGGCGAAGCGGGGAAUGUGGAGCUUGGGCGGUCGCCUCGAGAGUCCUGCCGACUACAAAAGGAGACUGAAAGAACGAUGA